AUGGCAGCAGCAUCAGCAGCGUCGUCAUUAGCCGGUCAAACAGCAGCCGCGAUUUCACAUUUCACGGCUGCCGACAUCUCUUCCUCCUCCUCCCGCCUGUCCCGCUCUUCAUCUUCGCGCAGUCAUCGGCCCUUGCCGAAACCGAAGCCUUCCCUUCUAACUGUCCGUUACCACAGUCAGUCAAUUGUAACAUCGCGUUCGCUUCCCUGCUCUCGGUUAAGCCCAUGCGCGGCGUUCACGGGAGGCGGAGGAGAUGGCGGGGAUAACAUCGGCGGAGGAUGGGGGAAGGGCGGUGGCGGGGGCGGGAGCGGCGGAAAUAAUGGUGGUGGCGGAGGAAACGAGGGCGGAGAUGGAGAUUCGGGUCCGAACGACGAAUAUGGUGGGAUUAGAGGCCGCUUGGUGGUGGCUGUUGCAGCCGCUGCAGCAGCAAUAACCUUAUCGUCGUCAGACGAGCUUCGUGCGCGAGCAAGCAAUCCGUUAUUCGCCUCAGUCUCUGCCUCCGCUUCCGCCGCCAGCGCAGCGAAACCUUCCGCGACGUCCGCCGAGGCGGAGAACGCGAAGGGGUCGGCGGAGGUCGCCAUUUCCCCCUCCUCCGCCGGCUCUUCGCGUCCGUCGAACCCUCGAACCGCCGAGCUUAACGUCGACGAUGACGGCUUCGGGGUGACGGACUGGCUGGGCGGCGCUUUGUACGCGUUAUUGUCGAAGCACGUGGACCGGCAGAUGAAGCGGCGCGUGGAGGCGGAGCGGCAGCAGGUGCUGGCGGAAGCGGCGGACAUGGUGGCGGCGGUGCUGGAGGAGAAGAAAGCGCGCGAGAGCGAAGACCCCGUCGCGCACCGCUCUGAGGUGGGAGCUCUCCGCAGGUUGCAGCGCGAGGCCUUUCAAGACCUGCUGCGUCUUAAAGACUCCAUGCACACGCUUCAGAUCGUCACCGGUCUCCGCCACCGCGACCCCCCGCGCGGACCCAACGCGCGCGCACCUCUCUCCGCCAGCAGAAUCGGCGCCGCUGGCGGCGCUGCGGGCAGCGCGGGGGCGGGUGCUGGGGGGGUGACCGGCGGGGGAGCGGGGGCGGGGCUGGGGAGAACGAGGCUGGUGGGGGAGGUUUCGGGGGGGGCGGCGGUGGUUCCUGGCGCGGACGGGCCCAGGGGGCACUCCGCGCGCGCAGCGCUGGAAGAGGCGGGAAUGCGGUCAGGCCUUCUGGUGAAAUUCAAGUUUGAAACGCUGUGCCGCGCAGCGGAUCUGCUUAUAACGGAGCUGACGGCGGGGUUGGGCGAGGACAGCAGUAGCUUCAUGCUGGGAGGGCCGAUUAAUCUGCACAAGGUGGUGUAUAGCGCGGAGGUGGCGGACGGUGUGCGGGUGGUUGCGGCGCCCGUGGGGGCCACGGGCACGGAUAUUGCCGAGUCCAUGAACCCUCUCAAGAACCAAGGCCUGACUCGCUUCGCCUCGAACGGCAUUCCCCUGCAUCAGCGCGCCAAGGGCACGGCUCUCGGCCUCUCCCUAGCCAGCUCCUCCGCCUCUUUCUCUAUAGCCCAGUUCCUGCAUGGAUGGGGAGUCACUCCUGACGCUGCAGAGGGUGGCGAUGCUAGCGCUGGCCUCUGCUCGUCUUCUAUGGUUCAACUCGCGCUUCAGCCUCAGGAUAAUGUCCUCCUCUCCUUCUCGGCUCUCCGGCGGGUGUGGCCUGCUCCCCCGCUCCCGUCUGCUCCUGGCCUGCAUUGGUCCGAGCUCGGCCCGAUGGUGCUCCCGAGGCUGCUGCCGUGGUUCGGCGGGAGGUCCGGGGGCGUGGUUGGGGGGAAGGAGGAUCCUACCCGGGCUGCUCCGGCGGGAGUGGAUGAGUAUUCUGGGAGUGAAGGGAGGGAGCUGUGGCUGCCACCGCCAAUGGAUCCUACUAUUGUUCAAUCAGUGGCAGUGGCAGGGGCUGUGAGGCUGAAUGCGAGGACGACUAUUGCUGCAUGGGCACAGGCGGAAGGUGGGGAGUGGGUUCCUGAGGAGGCUCAGAAGCGGUUGCAGUGGUCUCUUUCCCUGCUGCGGCAAGGGAAGGGCGAGGCCGGGGAGGAGGAGGAGGUAGAGGAGGAGAGCGGGGAGGCUGGAGAGGAGGGGGAGAAGCAGGAGGCAGAACCCCUGUCUCACAUUCACGGCUAA